GGAAGGAGACGCUGAGAGAGAGAGAGAGAGAGAGGGAACGAGACGCUAGAGAGAGAGAGAGAGAGAGAGAGAGAGAGAGAGAGAGAGAGAGGAAAGGAGACGCUGAGAGAGGGAGAAGAAGACGUUGGGUCAGAGCAGGUCACUGAUCGUAUGGCAGCUGCUGGCAUUGUCUCCCUUGCUUCUGCAGCUCCUGCUGAAAGGAAUAGCAGCUUGUACUAUGCUCAGAGGCUUACUGUACGCACCCAUCACCUUGCAGCAUUCCACCCUUCUCCUCUCCGCUUCUGUUCUCCACUUCAUCGCCAUGCUAAAAUGCGCACCAAGAAGAACAAACCCCAUAUCUUCCUUCCCCACCUCGUAGCUUCUAUGGAAGAAGCUGAGGAGACUUACAUUAUGGUCAAACCCGAUGGUGUUCAACGUGGCCUUGUGGGAGAGAUAAUUUCUCGCUUCGAGAAGAAGGGAUUUCUGCUGAGAGGUUUAAAGCUUUUCCAAUGCCCUAAGGAAUUAGCUGAGGAGCAUUACAAAGAUCUUAAAGGGAAAUCUUUUUUCCCUAAGCUGAUAGAUUACAUCACUUCAGGCCCAGUUGUGUGUAUGGCUUGGGAAGGUGUCGGUGUUGUUGCAUCAGCACGUAAGCUUAUAGGAGUUACUAAUCCUCUUCAAGCAGAACCUGGCACCAUUCGAGGAGACCUUGCCAUUCAAACAGGAAGAAACGUUGUUCAUGGAAGUGACAGUCCUGAUAAUGGCAAGCGUGAAAUAGACUCUAUGAUGCAUUCUUCAAAAAAAAGAAAAAAAGAAGAGACUGAUGCUUGCUUAACUUCGCUUUGGUUCAAGGAGGGUGAAGUAAUUCAAUGGACACAAGCUCAAGCACCUUGGCUAAGAGAGUGACCUUGCAGGAAGACAAAAUUUUCAUUGAAUAAAAUUUUGAAGAACUUUCAAGCACCUUUGAGUUCGAGGUGCCGGAACCCACCCGAAAGGGAAAUGUGGCAAUGCUCAUUAUAGAGAAGAUGGGAGUCCAUCCCAUGUAAUGGCAGUCACGGUAAGAAUUAGAGGCUGUGGUGUUAUGGUAAUCUUGGAUGCCCGUCACCAGAUCAUGUGUUUUGAGUUACAGAAUCAACAUUAUUAUUAUUGUGAAAUCCAGGAAGACCGUUGCUGGGAUUUUAUAUCUGUAUGCUUUUGUUAUGAUGAAUGAUUUGAUUUUAUGUAACUUGGACCCGGGCACUUGUUGAUGUCGGGAACAUGGUUUGAUGACUCUUCGUGUCGACUUGGUUUCGAUCAUGAAAUAGGCAUUCACUGGUCGUAGAAAUUGAUAAAAAUCCCUAUUUCUCA